ACAUAAACUUGCACAGGGCACCUUUUAAUAUUUGGACGUUCAACAUGUCCCUGUGUCAAGUUUAAUCGAAUGACAGUCGUUUGCAUAGCACAGAUUUCGACCUUUUUUUAUUGAAGUGUAAUGUAGGAAAACUCUCAAACACGUGAUAUAUUAGUUAACAGUAACUAAAACUGCACCUCCAAUCACUUCCCUGACACAUUACACAAAUUCUUCUAGCGUAAUUUAAUGAAAUAUCAUGAACAAUACAACACUGAAUAAAUAUAUAGAAUCAAUUAUACAUGCUUAGACGAAAAAUACGUUUAGCCUACAGCACUAGUGAAAAUCUGCGGCCAUUAUUUAACGCAUGGAUACCGCCGAAUACACGAGGACUAGCCUUUCAAACUGCUCUGAUAUGAACUAAUAAUUUGUUGAAAUAACUUUUCAUUAAAUUAAAACCAAUAAAUGCUGGUUACACCCAUCGAUUAUAAACAUAUGCAUACUACAUAGACAAUACGUUAGUAACCGGCCGCAUUUUUUUUUUUCAAAGCCGACCGUGACACUAUUUUUUCGUCUAAAAUCAUUCUUUAUGAUAAAGAAGAUUUGACAGUUUCGUGUUGUGUUGCGGAAGUGCAUGGAUGUAAAUUUCACUUUGAGAUUGCGGGAAGAUCUUCAGUAUUUACAUGUCAAGGCUAGCACUGUUGACGUCCGCCGUAAGCUCUUGAAAUACCUGCCAACGCGAAAACUCAACAGAAAUAUUGAUACCAGCAUGAUUCAGGAAUUCCUGUUGUCCGGCUCUAUCGGCGUAACAUGUCUUGUUGCUUUAGUUACUGGUCUUGUUGUUUACUGGUUGAUACAGAAAUGGAAGUACAAUUUCCCACCCGGGCCUUCUGGGCUACCUGUCCUUGGCAACGCCUUACAGAUGGAUUCAAAGAAGCUCCAUGAACAGGCACUUGAGUGGUCAAAGAAGUAUGGACCGGUGAUCACUGUUAGACUAGGUCCCAUACCGUUUGUGUUUGUCAACACAAUAGAUACAGCCAUGGAGGUGCUGGUUAAAAAGUCGACAGAUUUUGCUUCGAGAAUGGCAACUCCCACCCUUGAUGUGUUCACGUAUGGCGGAAAAGAUAUAGUCUUUGGUAAUUAUGGUCCCACGUGGAAGAUACAUCGAAGACUUGCAUCAAAGGCAUUGCGAUAUUACAUGCAAGGAGACGCUCUAGAGCACAGAAUACAUGAGGCAGUGAAGACGGCCUUUGAUGAAAUUGACACAAUUUCUGGACAGUUUGACCCAGUCGAAUAUAUAAAUUUUAUUGUGGUCAACAUUAUUACUGGACUUUGUUACGGAGGAAAGUAUGAAUUUAAGGAUAAGGAAGUACAGUAUAUUUUGGAGACUGGAGAUGAAUUCACUGAGAAGCUUGGAGCAGGAACAUGGGAAGACAUUUUUCCACCAUUGAGACACGUAUAUAAGACAGCACUCUUCAAAGACGUGGAGGCAAUUACUGAUCAGCUGAUGGAGCGCUUUAUUAGAAAGAAAUUCAAGGAAGCAGAAUCUACAUUUAGCAAAGAAAAUAUUCGGCAUUUCACAGAUAACCUAAUCCUUGCUAGAAUGGAAGCGGAAGAGGAGGAUGGAGGUGAAGCUGCCAAAGGUCUAGAUGAAGAUCACCUUGUCCAAACACUUGGUGAUAUAUUCUUUGCUGGAAUAGAUACCUCAAGAUUCACACUCAGAUUUGCCCUGUUACACAUGGUGGCAUUCCCAGACAUACAAGAAAAGGUUCAGGAAGAAAUUGAUAACGCGGUCGGUAGAGACAGAUUACCGGGCGUUGGAGAUCGACCAAAUCUGGGUUACACAGAAGCUGUAUUACACGAAAGCAUGCGUCUAUCAAGCGUUGUUCCAACAGGAAUAGCUCAUGUGGCGUCACGUGAUACAGAAGUGUCUGGAUACAGAAUCCCUAAAGGAACGAAUGUAGUCAUCAAUCACUGGGGAUUACACCAUGACCCUAACGCCUGGGAUGAUGUGGACAGAUUCAUCCCUGAAAGAUAUUUAGACGAGAAUGGAAAGCUCGGACCCAAACCAAAGAGCUGGUUACCGUUUUCGGCCGGUACAAGAGUGUGUCUCGGUGAAUUUGUAGCAAAACCUGAACUGCAUUUGAUUUUUGCGAGUUUGAUGCAACGAUACAAAUGGAAAAUGGAGUCUGGACUGUGUCCCGAUAUCACACCUGUCGGAAAUACAUUUCAACUGGCCACUAAACCGUACAAAGUCAUUGCUGAAAAGAGAGUUUAAGAUUAUAUUCGUUAUUAGGUUGCGUAUGUGUGAAGAAAUGAUAUGUUUUAAAUAAGUAUUCUGGCGUAUUGAAAUUGAUCUAGCUAUUCUUUGUUGGCACCAUCACGUGCAAAUCAAAAUUUUUGUUUUUUGUUUCUGAACGGCGAUUGCAUGCUUUAGGUGGUAAUAAGCACGACUAAGCUGAUUUUUGAAUAAAAUGUAGUUUUCAUAGCGAUGGUACUGGACACACACAUCCCUAGCGGUGAUACGAAUGGUUAUUGUGUCCGCUUCGGUAACAGGAUUUUGUCCUAUGCAAUUUUGAUAGUUUAAUGAACGUUACUUUGAAACACUUAUAUAUCAUAAUAUUUAAUCAUAUUGACAUUGUCAAUACAAAGUUUUUAAGGCCAAGCAUUUGUUAAUGAGAGCUUGAAAGGGACCAAGAAAAAGAGGUUGAUUUCGUGUCAUGUGUAUAACACAUUUUGAAAGAUCAGGUUUCAGUUUGAUAAAUUCUGACAAAACUAGAAUCUGAGAGUUCCGGAUUCUGAACGACAAUUAUAUUUAUCUUCAUGUACAUAAUUGUUCACAAAUUUACCAUAUAUAGCUCUACUGAAAGACUAAACAUUUUUUGUAUUGUACAUAUACACAAAUAUUGCUUCUUUUCAAAGAAACUUUAGUUGAAUAAGAACAUGUUAAGUCUGGUUUAACAUUUUUUAAAAUAUCUGUGUAUUUUAAGCGUAUGCAUUACAGAUGUUGUGAAUAAGAUAUAAACUGUC